GGGUGUAGACACACAGAAUAGGGCCAACCAGAGGCAGCCACAUAGAGGAUUGAAACAAGAGCUUCUAGUUCUGCUGCUGCUGCUCCUGCUCCUGCUGCUGCUGCGGCUUUUGUCUGCCUUCAAUGGCUUCUGCUUGCGCACUACUGAACCAGCUCUUUCUCUUCCUCCUUCUAUGGCUUUGUGCUCUCUCUUCUUCUCAAGCUGCGCACCAUCAGCCCUACUCUGAAUUUAGAUACCCAUUUAUCAAGAAAGCAAGCUCAUUCUCAUCAUCCUUGUCAUCAAGUGGCCAAGGAGAUAAUACAUAUGACUAUAUAGUUGUGGGAGGUGGCACAGCUGGGUGCCCUUUAGCCGCCACACUCUCUCAUAAAUUCAAUGUUUUAUUGCUUGAAAGAGGUGGAAUCCCUUUUGGCAAUGCGAACAUCUCCUUAUUACAGAACUUCCAUAUUACCCUUGCUGACACUUCAUCAACUUCUGCUUCCCAAUACUUCAUUUCUACUGAUGGAGUCCUCAAUUCUAGGGGUAGAGUUUUGGGUGGUGGUACUUGCAUCAAUGCUGGGUUCUACACUAGAGCAAGCACAAGGUUUAUAAGCAAAGUUGGUUGGGAUUUGAAGUUGGUGAACAAGUCAUACUCCUGGGUUGAGAAGCAGAUUGUUCACAGGCCUAAGGUUGCACCGUGGCAGGUUGUUGUAAGGGACAGUCUUUUGGAUCUUGGAGUUGCACCUUUCAAUGGAUUCACUUAUGAUCACAUUUAUGGAACCAAGUUUGGUGGUACCAUUUUUGACCGAUCCGGCCGUCGGCACACGGCUGCCGAACUACUUGCUUCUGCUGAUCCUCAUAAGCUCACUGUGUUGGUGCACGCUACAGUCCAAAAGGUUUUAUUUGACACAUCAGGAAAGCGACCAAAAGCAGCUGGCGUCCUAUUCAAAGAUGAAAAUGGAAACCAGCAUCAAGCAUUUCUAUCAAACAGCCGGAGUGAAGUAAUAUUGUCAUGUGGAGCCAUUGGCACCCCUCAGAUGCUAUUGCUCAGUGGUGUUGGCCCAAAAGCUGAACUUGAGGAGAUGAAAAUUUCAGUGGUCCUCAACAAUAAGUUUGUUGGGCAAGGCAUGGCUGAUAACCCCUUGAACACAGUUUUCGUUCCUUCUAAAAAACCAGUAAAGCAGUCCCUCAUUCAAACUGUAGGGAUUACCAAGAGGGGUGUGUACAUUGAAGCUAGCAGUGGAUUUGGGCAGUCCAAUGACAGCAUACAAUGUCACCAUGGAAUAAUAUCUGCAGAGAUAGGGCAACUAUCAACCAUACCUCCAAAGCAAAGAACACCAGAGGCCAUCCAAGCAUACAUUAGACGAAAGAAGGACAUACCACAUGAGGCAUUCAGAGGAGGCUUUAUCCUUGAAAAGAUUUCUAACCCCGUUUCCACUGGCAAGCUCAAAUUGAUCAACACAAAUGUUGAAGAUAACCCUUCUGUUACCUUCAACUACUUUAAGCAUCCACAUGAUUUACAACGUUGUGUUGAUGGCAUCCGCAUGGCUACAAAGAUGGUGCAAUCAGAACACUUUACAAAUUUUACGCAAUGUGACAAGCAGACCACAGACAAGAUUCUUAACAUGAGUGUCAGUGCUAAUGUUAACCUAGUACCUAAGCAUACCAAUGACACCAAGUCCCUAGAGCAGUUCUGCAAAGACACCGUAAUCACAAUUUGGCAUUAUCAUGGUGGGUGUCAUGUUGGCAAGGUGGUGAACCGUGAUUACAAUGUUCUUGGUGUGAACAGGCUUCGCAUUGUGGAUGGCUCGGUAUUUGAUGAAUCUCCUGGGACUAAUCCUCAAGCCACCAUCCUGAUGAUGGGCAGGUAUAUGGGACUGAAAAUCUUGAGAGACAGACUAGGAAAAGCAGCUGGUGUUUAGGGGCUGAUAAGCCAGGAGCAUGAGAGGAGCAAUAUUAGUUUGAGCAGAGCAAAAUGUAAUGCAGCUAAUAUAUAUUUAUUCUUAGCAAGCAGUUUGUCAUGUGUCGAAAUGGCUUGCUUUUCGAAAAUCUAAACAUUUCCAUUAUAUUUGUGUCCUUAAUAUAAUGUAGUGACUCUGUGACUGUGUGCCUUUUGGUUGCGAACAUCUUAAAUCUAAUCUUUCAGGUUUUUUUGGCUGAAAA